AUGAGGAGGCUGUGCCCGAACGUCGACCGGGAAGACGCCCUCGAGACGGUGCUGGAGGUGCCGAUCCCGGAGGAGAUGUUCACGAGCAUGGGGAGCAGCGUCGCGCUCCGGAUGCAGAACAUGCUGACGUGGAUGAAGGCCCAGACGUCGGACAAGUGGUCGUCCCCGGUCAUCGCCGCCCGCAUCAACGAGCUCCGCUUCCUCCUCUACCUCGUGGGGUCGCCCCUCAUCCCCCUCCAGGUCCAGCUCGACCACCCCGUGAACCGCCCCAUUCGCGAUGGCUCCAUCGAAGCAUCGACGGCGAAGUACAUAGUACAGCAGUAUGUAGCGGCGACGGGAGGGCAGCAGGCGGUGAAUGCGGUGCACAGCAUGUGCGCGACCGGCCAAGUGAAGAUAAGCGCGUCGGAGUUCCACCAAGGGGACGAGAGCGUGGAGACGCGGAGCACGCAGGAGGCUGGGGGGUUCGUGCUGUGGCAGAAGAACCCCGACCUCUGGACCCUCGAGCUCGUCGUCUCAGGCUGCAAGGUUAGCUGCGGCAGCAACGGCAAGCUCUCGUGGCGGCACUCCUCGAACCAGCAGAUGCCGGUCUCGAAAGGGCCGCCUCGGCCCUUGCGGCGAUUCCUUCAGGGAUUAGAUCCAAGAUCGACGGCCAACCUGUUCCUAGACGCGAUGUGCAUCGGGGAGAAGAUCAUCAACGACGAGGACUGCUUCAUCCUCAAGCUGGAGACAAGCCCGGCGGUCAGGGAGGCGCAGAGCGGCCCCAACUUUGACAUCAUCCACCACACCAUCUGGGGCUACUUCAGCCAGCGGUCGGGCCUCCUGAUACAGUUUGAGGACUCGCGGCUGCUCCGCAUGAAGACCACCAAGGGCGAGGACGCGGAUGUCUUCUGGGAGACAAGCACCGAGUCGGUGAUGGAGGAGUACAGGUACGUGGAUGGGGUCAACAUUGCGCACCGGGGAAAAACCACCGUGACGGUGAUCAGGUACGGCGAGCAGUCAGCGAACCACAAGCGGGAGAUCGAGGAGACGUGGAAGAUCGAGGAGGUGGACUUCAACGUGUGGGGGUUGUCGGUCGAGGACUUUAUGCCGCCAGCGGAAAUUAAGCAAGGUCAGUUUAUUUGGUGAGGAGAGUGAACUGAACUGAUUUUGAUUUCCAUGGUUAGUAGAUGUU